AUGAGCGGCCCCAUUAACAUUGCUUCCGAGUCCGAAUGGAGUAGUCUCCUCUCGGGCACAAAUGUGGUGAUCGCAGAUUUCUACGCCGACUGGUGUGGUCCCUGCAAGAUGAUUGCUCCUACAUUCGAAGCUCUCGCCAAAGAACACUCACGCCCGAAGAAGGUUGCUUUCGCAAAGGUCAACGUCGAUAACCAGUCCGGCAUCGCUCGAGCCCAAGGUGUUUCCGCCAUGCCGACCUUCAAGAUCUUCCACAACGGCACCUGCAUCGAGACCAUCAAGGGUGCUAACCCUCCUGCUCUUACGGCAGCUAUAAAUAAUGCGGUCAAGCUUGGCGGACCACCCACUGGCAAUGUUUUCAAGACUCCCGGGCGAACGCUCGGUGGCGAGUCACGAUCUGCCUCGCUGUCCAAGCAGUGGAACUUGAAAGCCGUCUUCGAUGCUCUAAUAGCGUUCUUUGGGCUAUACUUUGUUUCUUUGCUAACGUUUGACCCGUAUAAGUCAGCGGAAGAGAGCCCUUUCAAUGUUCAUCGUAAACCAGCACCAAGAAACACUGGUGGUUCGCAGAGCGUUGGUGGUGCCAGAGCUCCUCCACAAACAACGGGAAAGGCGUCGCCAGAAGAAAUUGAGCAAAUUGUCCGAGACGCUAAACAGAGAUUUCGAGAUACUUUACCAAAAGGAUAUCUGAACGAUGAAGAGUAUGCGGUAUACGAACGAUUAUACGGUGCGCCGCUGCGUGAGACGAGACCUGAAGAUGUCGGUAUUCCAGAGCAUGCAGACAUGGGACCACAGUCCCCACGACCAGAUAACGAAGGCAUUAUAUUGAGAGAGCUGGAGGGUGGCGAAUUUGAGGAGGUCACUUAUGAAAUUCCUCUAAAUGAGGGUGUCGAAGACAUCCACGAACCGAUUCCGGAACCCGACUUGGAGGACCGCGCAAUCGACCAAGUGGUGCCAGGCUAUGUGGACUUAGUUGCCAGAAGCCAACGGGAAUACGAUGCACUACAGAAGCUUUCGGAGGACUUCAAGGUCGCACAGCAGAAGCAACAAGAAGCUGAAGAUGAAGCGGCAGCCCAGGAAGAGCUAGAGAUGGAACAGCUGGAGGAAGAUACGAAAGCGACCUGGCCUGAGGAGUAUGAGCCCAGCGAGCGACCCACUGGCGAGGAGGCACGCUUUCAUCCCUUGACUCUGGAGGGUCGCUUCUGGGGAAGCCCCAUUGAGAUUCUCUUGCCACAGGACGAAAUGAUCAUGCCGAUUCGUGAUCUUCUACAGCGAACUCAUAUCGAUCACGUUAAGAGUGCCGCCGAAACAGCGUUUGGCGGUCCAGGUCUUCCCCUGUCUCCCGCGACACCUGAAGCCAAGAGGAAUGGAAAUAUGUUUGGUGUUGGCCUUCCAGCAGAUCAGCGACACAUGACUGAGAUUGAAGGCGAUGCUUUUUUGGCAGGCUUCAUGCCGCCAGCCUAUGCUUCAAUAAUGGCUACCCUCAAAGAAGUUCGCAAGCGAGUCGGAAGCAGGUGGCUCCAGUCUAAGCUUAAAGAUGGCAGUGGUAUAAGCGUUCUUGACGCAGGGUCUGGUGGCGCAGGCUUGAUUGCCUGGGACGAGAUUGUGCGAGCAGAAUGGGAUCUACUGAAGGAAAAGGGUGAAAUCAAGGGAGACGAACCUCCCGGCAAGCGCACUGUCAUUAUUGGCUCUGAUCGUUUACGACACCGCACCAAGACUUUCCUGGAAAACACCACUUUCCUCCCUCGACUUCCCGACUAUGAGCACUCAGGAGAGAUGAAGGGUGAGCAUCUAGAUGCGGGUAGCAAGCCUCAACCUCGCAAGAGCUACGAUGUCAUUAUCGCCUCCCACCUAUUUCUGAAGGAAGAACAGGACCACUACCGACAAGCAGUCCUCAACAAACUCUGGUCUUUACUGAACAAAGAUGGAGGUGUUCUUAUUGUCCUAGAGAAGGCUCAUCCUCGAGGGUUUGAGGCUGUCGCUCAUGUUCGAGACACCGUUCUUCGGCAGUUCCUUUUGCCUCAAUCCGGAGAGCCAGAGCUUGAUAAUGAAGCAUUCAACCCUGCUUAUGAACGCGAAAAGGAGCCCGGAUACGUUGUUGCUCCCUGUACUAAUCAGGGACUGUGCCCGAUGUACCAGACACCUGGUAAAAGUAAAGGCCGUAAGGACUACUGCCAUUUCAGCCAGAGAUUUGUCCGUCCCGCGUUCUAUUCUCGAAUGCUUGGAAACAGCACGAGAAACCAGGGUGAAGUCGAGUUUAGCUAUGUUGCCUUCAGGCGGGGUGUUGCUAAGGAGCGGUCUAUAAGCGGCAAAGAGGCUGCGAACCGAGCCUUCGAAGGAUACGAAGACUCUGACGAAAAGCCCGAUAUGCAGAGCCUGCCACGAUCUAUUAUGCCUCCGUUGAAGAAGAAGGGCCAUGUCACCCUUGACUUCUGUACACCAGAAGGCAAGCUUGAGAGAUGGACCGUCACCAAGAGCCAGAGCAAACUCGCAUACCACGAUGCUCGCAAGUCACGAUGGGGCGACCUUUGGGCUCUCGGAGCCAAAACGCGAGUUCCACGUAACGCUCGUGUUGGCAAGGGACCCGACGACGGUGGUAAACGAGCCGGCCAAGGCAAGAAGCCCAGAAAGGUCGAGAUUGUCAUGGGACCUGGCGGAAUCAGUGCCAAUGAGAAGAACGCCCCUCGUGAGCGUCGUGGAAAGAACAAGAUGGACAAGAAGAGCCGCCUUAUCAAGGAGAUUCUCGAGGCGGAGGAAGAGGAAGAGAGAAUAAUCGCCAAGCAAAUGGAUGAAGAAGUAGAGGCUGAACUGCAAGACGACUCUGACAGAAGAGGUCGAUCAUAG